AUGGGAGCAAGCGUUGUCCUGCUGGAACUAGCAGAGGGUUGGGUUGCCGUGGUAACAGGAGCAUCUUGUGGCAUUGGUGCUGCCAUCUCUCGACAACUGGCUGCUGCUGGUGCCAAGGUUGCCAUGGCAGCAAGGCGGGAGAACUUGUUAAAAGAAAUCCAGGAUGAAAUUUCAAAGGAAGGGGGCGUAGCUCUAGCAGUGAGAUGUGAUGUUAAAAACAGAGCUGGGGUGAAGGAGCUUAUUCAGUACACGGAAAGAACCCUGGGUCCCGUGGAUAUCUUGGUGAACAACGCUGGUUACUGGGCGUUCAGGUGCAUGAAGAAUCUUCACGAGGAGGAGUGGGAUGAACAGGUGGACGUGAACGUCAAGGGGCUGUUGAACUGCAUUGGAGCUGUGAUCUCAGGGAUGUGUGAAAGGAAAAGUGGUCAUAUCGUCAACAUGUCGUCAGACUGUGUAAAGCAGCCUUUCGUAGGGUUAGCCGUGUACGCAGGGUCGAAGUACUUCCUAGAGGGUAUGUCACGGACGCUUCGUCAGGAAGUUUGUAAGGAUGGUGUUCGCGUUACUUGUGUUCAGCCUGGUGACGUUGACACGCCUGGGGCCGUCAAGACUUUGAUGACUUUAGAAGAUGAGCAGUGUAAAGCACUGUACAGCUACCCACACCCAGCUCUGGAACCUGAAGUCAUCGCACAGGCAGUCCUCUACGCAGUCGCGCAGCCAGAUCACGUGGCCGUCAACGAGAUUCUCGUGGAGCCCAGAGAGUGCCCGCUGUAG